AUGGGCUCUUCUUUGGAUUUGGUAGCGAGCUUCUCACAUGAUUCCACACGUUUUGCAUUUCAAGCAAGUGUCGCACAAAAGAACAACGUGGAUAUUUAUCCAUUGAAUGAAACUAAGGAUUAUGUGGUGAACAGUUCAUUAGUUAGUCAUAUUGACUAUGAAACAAAUGACAUGAAAGUUUCAGAUGUAAUUUUCUUUGGAUGGUGUAGUGAUUUGAUAGACACGCAGUCAUUGAAUACCAAAAGAAAAUUAGAUGAAGAUGACGAGAAUCGUGAAUCCAGUGGGCAAAGAUACGAAAACUUCUUCGUUAACGGAUUUCCUGACGGAAGAAUCGUUGUUUACUCUUCCAAUGGUAAGGACAUAGUCAAUAUCAUCAAGAGCAAAAAGGAGAUUCUGGGAGCAGAUACGGAUGGGUCCGAUAUAUGGAUUUUGGAUAGUGAUAAAGUGGUAAAAAAAUUACAGUAUAAUAAUUCUAAACCUUUAAAGACCUUCACGCUAGUUGAUGGCAAGGAUGACGAAAUAAUUCAUUUCCAAAUCCUGCAUCAAAACGGCACUCUAUUGGUAUGCAUUGUUACUGAACAAAUGGUUUAUAUUGUUGAUCCAUCAAAGAGAAGACCUUCCACUAAGUAUAGUUUAGAAGUAUCUGGCGCUGUAACAUGUGAAUUUUCUUCAGACGGUAAGUAUUUGUUAAUUGCCAACCUCGAAGAAUUAACAGCUUACGAUUUGAACGAUGAUUCAAAGCCGAUCCAAUCAUGGCCUGUCCAAGUGAAGAAAUUAAGAACUUUAGAUGGUUUGAUAAUGGCUUUGACUACCGAUGGUAAGAUCAAUAAUUAUAAGAUUGGUCAAGCCGACACAGUUUGUUCUAUAGUUGUAAAUGAUAAUUUGGGAAUUAUAGAUUUCACGCCAAUAAACAACAAGCAACAAGUUUUGAUUUCGUGGCUGAAUGUCAACGAACCCAACUUCGAAUCUAUUUUUUUGGAAGAACUUGACACUGAAAAGCUCAUUACAAUUAACAAAAGUAAAAAAACUAGCUCUGAUGAAGCAAACCAAAAGAAAUUAGAAGAAGAAAAAGAAAAAGCUGAGCCCGAAGCUCAAGAUGAGAAGACGGAGACCGAAGCUAAGACAAACAAGAAAGUCAGCAAAUCAGAUCAAGUUGAAAUUGCUAAUAUUCUUUCAUCUCACUUAGAAGCUAAUUCGACAGAAAUAUUAGAUGAUCUGAUGUCUGGAAGCUGGACAGAACCCGAGAUUAAAAAAUUCAUCCUAACUAAGAUCAAUACAGUAGACCAUCUAAGCAAAAUAUUUUUGACUAUAUCAAAGUCAAUAACACAAAAUCCAUGGAAUGAACAAGAUUUGCUUCCGUUGUGGCUCAAGUGGUUGUUGACUCUGAAAAGUGGAGAGCUGAAUUCCAUAAAGGAUAAACAAACAAAGAAAAAUUGUAAGCAUUUAAAAUCUGCAUUAAAAUCUUCAGAGGAAAUCUUGCCUGUCCUACUCGGUAUACAAGGUAGAUUAGAAAUGUUAAGGAGGCAGGCAAAACUGAGGGAAGAUCUUGCACAACUAACUAUGCAAGACCGUGAAGAUGAUGAAAUAGAAGUUAUAGAGCAUUCAAAUGUAAUUAAUAAUUCUUUGCAAGAUCAAGCAUCGCCUGUUGAAAAGCCUGAACAAGACUCAAUUGUUUAUGCAAACGGAGAAAGUGACGAAUUCGUCGACGCAUCGGAAUAUAAAGACUGA